UAAGAAGUGCUGCUAAAAUUGGGACGCUGCCACCCUAAAGAUCUAUUUAUACUAGUGGCAGAUUAGCAAGUAGCAAAUCCAUUAGAGACUCGGAGCCUGGAAAAUGAGUACUGCGAGCGUGAUGGAAUCCUUGGAUGGAGAAUGUCAAUCUUUGGAGCUCUUGAAGGCUCAAGCUCUUGGUUGGAACCACAUAUUUAGCUUCAUAAACUCCAUGUCCCUCAAGUGUGCCGUGGAGCUCGGCAUAGCAGACAUCAUCCACGCCCAUGGCAAGCCAAUCUCCCUCCUCGAGCUAGCCACCAAACUAUCCAUUCCCCCCAUCAGAAACGAUGACUUGCGCCGCCUCAUGCGCCUCCUGGUGUUCUCGGGAUUCUUCGCUCGAAAGCGCGAUGGAAACAGUCAGGACCACGACGACGAAGAGUUGUACAUCCCCACCACCGCGUCUGCUCUCCUUGUCAAGGAGAAGGAUGCGAACAUCUCCUCGUCCCUUCUCCUGAUGCUGGACCAAAUGUUUCUCAACCCAUGGCAUCACCUCAGUAGCUGGUUCAAGCAAGACAAGGUGUCCGCCGCCACUCCCUUUGAGGCAGCGCCUGAAAGGGGUAUUGUGGAGGCCACCAGCCAGAGCCCAGGCUUCAACAGCUUCUUUAACGAAGGGAUGGCCAGCGACGCUCGGUUCGUGGCCAAACUGGUCGUCGAGGAGUGCGCCGAGGUCUUCCGGGGCCUGAGGUCGCUGGUGGAUGUUGGUGGUGGGACGGGCGCGAUGGCCCGGGCCAUCGCCGAGGCCUAUCCACAGGUCAAAUGCACCGUCCUUGAGCUGCCUUACGUCGUAGCAAGCUCGGAAGCGAGCGAGACGGUCCAGCUUGUCGCGGGAGACAUGUUUCAGUAUGUUCCUCCUGCUGAUGCGGUGCUGCUCAAGUGGGUCCUGCAUGAUUGGAGUGAUGAGGAGUGCGUAAAGAUACUGAAACGAUGCAAGGAGGCUGUUCCAUCCAAAGAAGAAGGGGGGAAGGUGAUUAUUAUCGAAAUGGUAGUCGACUUCGAUAUUGGCCGUCCGGAGUUGGUGGAAACGCAGCUGCUCUUUGACAUGCACAUGAUGGUCCACACCGCAGGGAAGCAAAGGAAUGAAGGUGAAUGGAAAAAUAUUUUCACUGAUGCAGGUUUUACCAACUACAAAAUCAUACCAGCAUUAGGCUUGCGAUCGGUUAUGGAGGUUUAUCAUUGAUUAGUGGAUGGAUCGAUAAGGGAAGUCAUCUACUAGUGACCAUGAAUCGAUCAGUUUACUGCUUCCUUCCAGUUUAAUUUCAGAUCUUCAUUAUGUAACGUAUUGCAAGUCUGUUUGUGUUGGUCUUCGUUGAGUUUGUCAUCUGUCCGUCGUGUUAAAGUUGAUUGGCUUUCUCAGAGCUGAAAUAAUAGAAGGUACUUCUUCACUUGCCUCUCUA